AUGACUGCCAGUACGUUCCUCAUCGGGGCAGGGAUGCGUCCGAGUGUGCUGGGCAGGGGUGCGGGUGGGAACGAGGGCAGGAACCUGGGCUGCUCCAACCUCAACUGCCCGCUGUGCAAGACUUGCCAGCGUCGGAGGUGCGAGCAGAACUUCGCCUCCAAGUACCUCGCACCCUGCGACGUGCUGGAGGCCAAGUGCGGUGCCCAGAUCUACGUUGUGGUCGUGGACGCGAUGACCGGCCAGCUGGUGCACCCCGACAUCGACGACCCUCACCUCCAGAUCUGCAUCGUGGACGGGCGUCGGUUCGAGCAGGAGGGGGAGCGGGAGGAGGCGCUGGAAUCGUGCAUGCUGCUGGUGAACAAGCAGGGCCAGCCGCUGCUGUCGCACGGCCGCUCUGGCACCUUCACCGAUGAGAAGCGCAUCAUGGUCCCCCUCAUCCUGGGCCAGGCCAUGCUGCCCGACCUGAAGGUCACCGACUCAAGCGAGGCGCUGCUGCUGGGGCGCGCGCCGCCCUUCCGCCUGCUGGUGCGCCUGGCGGACCGGCUGGGGCACCCCUGCCCCGGGGUCAAGCACGCGCUGUCGGAGCCGUUCGUAGUGGCCACCGCGCGCGUCAAGGGCGCGGCCAAGGCCGACAUCCCGCACGUGGACGACCACGUGAGCAAGAUCGAGUGCGUGGGCGUGCAGACGCAGCGCAAGCUGGAGGACAUCGCCGCGGCGGGCGCGGCGGCGGGGGUGGCGGACCUGCGCGUGCCCGUGAACUGCGUCACGCGCGUGGGCCAGUUCCGGGAGCUGGUGGAGCUGGCGGAGGGGAACAAGCCGCUGCGCGAGACGCUGAAGCAGGUGCUGCGCCUGACCAAGGGCUGGGACGUGGCGCGCGACCACGUGCGGCGCUGCGUGGACACCGACGAGCGCCUGCGCGUCUUCCACCCCGACGGCCGCACCGACGUGGGGCUGGCCUUCCGCUGCGCCGCGCACAACGUGGUGGACCUCAACCGCCCGCUGGGCCUGCUGCGCCGGCGCCAGAACCCGGCCCAGCCCAACCAGGAGAUGGUGGACGUCAUCUGGCUGCCCCAGGACGCCGCCGCCUUCCCCGAGGCGGUGCGCCGCCUGCUGCCCCAGGCCUUCAGCGCCUGCUCCCAGUCCGGCACGGUGCCGGGCCCGUCGCCGCUCAGCGGCGGCCGCUCGCCCGCGGGGAUGGACUACGCCCUGCCUCUGGGCCUGCAGCAGCAGCAGCAGGGGGGGGUGCAGGGAGCGGGGGCGUACGCCCAGUCGGGCCCCGGCGACCCCGCGCGGCGUCUGCAGCCUGCCUACGGCGCCCCGAGCUCUGCGCCCGAGUACGGCGCCGCGCCGCCGCCCUACGUGAUGGCCGGCUCGCACACGAGGGCAGGCGGGCGCUCGCCGCCGCCCUCUGCCCUCGGCAGCACGGGGUUUGCGGGCGACGGCGGCGCCGCGCUGCGCGAGGAGCUGCGCCGGCGCCAGCGCGCCACGCAGCCGGAGCGGCGCGCCCGGAACCGCGAGCUGGGCGCCGACACCUCGCUGGAGGCGUGGAUGGCGAUGCACAAGUCGCUGGACGUGGACCUGUCCCUGCCCCCCAACCUGGCCCAGAUGUCCAACCUCUUCCCCUCGCUGCUGCCCACGGAGGGCAGCUGGGGCGGGGCCUACUCCAUCCUGGAGCCGGCGGCGCUGGGCGACGAUGUGGCGCAGGUCUCUCUGUCCACCAUGAGCCGCAUGCAGGCCAUGUUCCAGGCGGCGCUGCGCCAGGAGAUCCCCUACUCCCAGCUGGAGGAGGCACACCCCACGCCGAGUUACCCGCGCGCCCUGGCCCCCGAGGAGAGCCCCGUGCGCGCAGGAAUCACCGCGUCGGAUUGCUGGGCCGGCGACGCGGGCGACGAGCACAUGUCCCGGCGAACACCUUCGGGCCGCGCCUUUUCCAUCAUCGUGGCCGUGUGCGUGACGCUGCUGGUGGACAACUGGCUGCGUGGAGCCUUCCACCUCCUUGCGCUGGAGCACAUCCGGGGCGGAGCGGACUGGGAUACCCUGCAUGCCCGACCCUCCCCCCUGGGUGGGGAGGCCGGGGACACCUCCACAGCGCCGGGCUGGAAACUGCCUGCAGAGUACAAGGCACAGAUCGUGGUGGCGGUCCCCCUCUCGCCCAGCGGCCGUGACUGGAUCAAGGCAGGCCGGGCCUGGCGGCGGGGCCUGCGCGCCGCAUACGUGGCCGACUUCAACGCCGAUGCCGAGCUGCGGCUGGACGGCGGCCUGCACGGCGAGGAGUUCAUCUAUCUCAACUCCACCGACAUCCCCUUCCACUACUACGGCAAGGCGGCCAUGGUCCCCUCCGUAGCCCACGAGCACUUUGGUCAGUACAACUACAAGUGGAUGCUGUACGGCGACGACGACACCAUCUGGUUCCUGGACUCUGUGGUCAACAUUGUCAAGGGGCUCGACCCAGACAUGCCGCACCUGAUCACCGACCACCUCUGGUUCUGGGGCCACACAGAGGGCUCCCCCUCGCACCCCGUCCAUCCGGCGGCGGAUGCCCCCCGCUGCCUGCCCUGCGGCUACAACACCAGCCUCCUGGCGGGGCUGGCGCUGCCCUUCGACCCGCCCCUGGCCUGCCCCUUCUGCACCUGGCAGAAGCUCUGCGCGGCGGACGUCAAGCGGCGCUCUAUUUAUGGCGACGACUGCGGAUUCAGGCCGCGGUACCCGCCGGAGGCAGAGUUCUUGGCGCACGGCGGCGGCGGCAUCAUCCUCAGCGUGGGACUGAUGCGCAUGCUCUCGGUGGACUACAUGCGGAUUCGCCCCCCCUUCUACACACACUCGAAGAAAUGCAUCGGCACGCGGUUCAAGCCUGGCGACGUGUUUGGAGGCGACACCUUGUUCUCCCACUGCGCUUUCUUCACGGGGGUAGCCCCCACGGAUCCCGGGUACUACUUCCAAGACCCAGAGUACAACGCAUUCGACCAAGGGGGCCAGCUGCUCCUCAACAGCGUGGACCUGAUGUACAGCUACCUGAAGCGGUCGUGCUGCAACGCGCAGUGCGAGGCCCGCCUGGCUGCCCUCACCACGCUGCACGCCCGCGGCAUGCACUUCAAGGAGCCCUCGGCCGCCAUGGACACCGCGCGGCUCAUCAUCCGGCUGCGGGAGAUGUACCUGGCCGUGCGGGAGGAGGCGACCAAGGAGGGGCGCCGGGCGCAGCACGAGGAGGUGCCCCCCUCCUGGGAUAAUCACAAGAAGUGCUAUUGA